AUGUGGCUUCCGCAGCGUCCCUUCCUUCCAUGUACAGGGAGACUACCAAAACGGGUCAAAAGCUUUUUCACAGAUGGCUCUCUAGAGAGCCUUCGAGCGGCAGAGGAAGCUCACUCUAAACGUCACUCCACCUCUGAACUGGGGAACAUCACUGUCACUGAUAUCAGGAAAGAAGGCUGGCUGCAUAAUAAACAGAUUCUCACUGAGAAGGGAAAGAAAGUGGGCAGUGGCAUGCGGCCAUGGAAACGAGUCUUCUGUGUGCUGCGCUCCCGCUCGCUUUUCCUCUACAAGGAUAAGCGGGAGGCGGUGCUUCACGCAGCCGGGGCAGGAGGUCACGGCAACGGGCAAGGGGAAGAUGAGCAGCCAAUCAGCAUUCGAGGCUGCUUGAUUGACAUAGCAUACAGUGAGACAAAGCGUAAACACACCUUGCGACUGACUACUCAGGACUUCUGCGAGUACCUGCUGCAGGCGGAGGACAGGGAUGACAUGCUAAGUUGGAUCAGAGUCAUCAGAGAGAACAGCAAGACUGACAAUGGGGAACUGGGCUUCUCCAGACAGGCUCUAAUUAAUAAGAAACUGAAUGAUUAUAGGAAACAGAGUCCAACAGGCAACAAGCUAGACACUUCUCCUAGGAUUCAUCGGAUGAUGCCACCUUUCCUUCUCUCUAAAACUGAAAACACGUCAGGUGUGAACCGAGCCCCAGGGAAAGAUGACAGUACUAAGGCACCAUGGGGCAUUAACAUCAUGAAAAAAGGAAAGAAAACGGGUCCAAAAGCUUUUGGAGUGAGGCUGGAGGACUGCCUGCCUGCUGCCAAUAAUAAGUUUGUCCCACAGAUUGUGGUGACAUGCUGUCGUCUGGUGGAGGAGAUGGGUUUGGAAUAUAUUGGCAUCUACAGAGUGCCAGGGAACAAUGCCAUGGUGUCUUCUCUUCAGGAUCUGCUCAACAAGGGCAUGGAUAUAGACACUGCUGAGGAGAGAUGGAAAGACCUGAACGUCAUCAGCAGUAUUCUGAAGUCCUUCUUCAGGAAGCUUCCGGAACCUCUUUUCACAGAUGAUAAAUAUAAUGAUUUCAUUGACGCCAACCGUUUAGAGGAUGCAGGGGACCGCUUAAAGACCAUGAGGAAACUUAUACUUGACCUGCCGGAUCACUACUACCACACACUGAAGUUUCUAAUCAGUCACCUGAAAACAGUUGCGGACCAUUCAGAGAAGAAUAAGAUGGAGCCUAGAAAUCUGGCCCUGGUGUUUGGCCCCACACUGGUGCGGACCUCAGAAGACAGCAUGACCGACAUGGUCACUCACAUGCCAGACCGCUACAAGAUUACAGAGACUCUUAUUUUGCAUCAUAUGUGGUUCUUCAGUGAUCAGCAGGAAAAGGAUGAGAAGACACCAGAGGACCAGCAGAACAUACAGCCUGUUCCAAAUAUCGACCACCUCCUGUCUAACAUUGGCAGGACGGUGCUGCUCAGAGACUCCUCGGAUUUCACCACUAGUGACUCAGCUAAAUCCAAGGGAACUUCCACCUCCAAGAAAGACCUAAGUGCCAAAGACUUCCUCCCCCUGUCCAUCAUAUCAGCCGUGACCCGAAAGAGAAAGAAACACCCAAGCACCUUCCCCGAAGGCAGCAGCACUGAUGAAGACUCUGAACAUGAACCAAUCAAAGCCAGCAACUAUGAGGAAAUGAGAGGCAACAGCGAGGUUCAAGGGGACAGUGAAGCAAGACAAAGUAGAAAAUCAGAAGAGGAGACUGAGGAAAUCAGCGAGAUGGAGGGAAAACCAAAACAGGUGGUGGAGGGCCAAGAAGAAGAAAGGGUGACAGAGAAGGAGGAGGACAUCAUUUUGCAGAAGGAACAGGAUGAGAUAAAAGUGGAGGUUUCUGAGAGAGAACAAACGGGUCGGUUUCGCUCUCCGAGUUUCCUUUAUUCACACCACCACAGUGUGUCGAGGCUCGGAGCCUCAUUAAAGCUGACCAAGUCCUCUGCCUCCAUCUGCUCCAAUCCACCACAGCACUUGAAUAUCACUCGCAGUCUCACACGGAGGAAACUGAGAGAAGAAAGAGUGCGACCUCACUCGCUAUAUGUAGAGCGGAGCCAGACUGGAGAGGAACGGGCCUCUCACACACAUCUGGACUUCUCAAGAGUCAAAGCAUCUCUCGUUAGAGGUCAAGAGAAGCUGCGUCAGGCUGUGUUGCCCGGUUGGAGCAGCAGGGAGCCGUCUCUUCAGCAGGUCUGGAUGUGUCAAGAGCAGGUCAACCGAACAGCCGAUUGCCUUUGGGGAGCAGGGAGCAAGCAGCAAGCGGGCUCAGUGGAGACACGCCGCUGGAGACGAGACUGGAGGCGCCACACAGUUCUGGUUAAUAUGCCCUGGGAGGAAUGA